AUGGCUGAAGUACCUCCCCCACUGCCCCAGCCAGCUGGUGGGGAUGUGGAUAGAGUUGCUCCUUUCCUUGCCAUCUACUGGGUUGAAGUAUUCUUUGCCAUACUCAUCGUGUGUCUUCGCAUGUGGGCAAGACACGUCAUCCGUAACUUUGGUCCCGACGAUUGGGUCAUGCUAUUCACACUGUUUAUGCAAAUCGUACUUGCCGGCUUCGUCACCAGAUAUGCCCUCAUUGGAGGCACAAAGCAUCUGUACUACCUUAAGCCCGAGGAAAUGACGGAAAUCCUACGCUGGAGCUAUAUCUUCCAGUGUUGGGGCAUAAUGGCCGUAGCCCCAGCCAAGGUUUCAGUCGGUCUGCUCAUAAACCGUUUGAUACGCCCGUUUUACGGAUGGAGAUACUGGGUCAUGUGGAUUUCGCUUGCUUUGAUGGUGAUCCUCAGCGUGCUUGAUAGCAUCUUCACCUACGUACAGUGCAAUCCGGCAGAAGCGCUAUGGAACAAAUCAAUCACCGAUGCAAAGUGCUGGGACCCAAGCAUACAAGCAAACAUCUCUAUCGCUCAUGGAGCUUACUCUGUCUUUUGCGACGGCCUUUUGGCAUUUAUUCCUGUGACACUUCUUUGGAAAAUCCAGAUGCCCGUCAAGAGAAGAGUCGGGCUUUCUAUACUUCUUGGACUGGGGCUGUUCGCUGCCGUGGCCGGAAGCAUCAAGACCAGUAAGCUAGCCAAACUCGGCGCGCGGUCAGACUUGACUUGGGAAAUGUACGAUCUCAUCAUCUGGGCUGGUACCGAGAAUUUUGUCGUGCUCUUUUGCGGUUGUAUUCCACCUCUAAAACCGCUCUGGGAUCAGCUCGGGGGACGCGGGGGUUCACUUCUCAAUUCAUUCCACGUCAGUUGGCGAGGCACAAAGAUCACUGAGGAUGAAUCGCUUGUUAGUGAGCAGAAUCAUAGUCUCGGUGCUCUUGCAGGGUCCAAGAAGUCGUCCAUGUCUGUGGAUAACGUCUAUGCUUUACCCAAGCGCUCCGUGUGA